AUGAGCUCUCAGUCACUCCGCUCGAUAUACCGAGCGAGGCCAGAACUGGCACGGGCCGGAAAUGCCCUAAGAGGCUACCUCCGCCAAUUCUCCACGACGCAAUCGCAGCUCGACGAGGCCCCGGCCGAUCCCAAUGCCAAACCUACAGCUCGACAGCGGACCCGCGCAGCCGCCAGCGAGAUCAACUCCUUGGUGAAGAAUCGGACCAAUGCCCAGGGAGCACGAAGCCCGACGGAUUCUUCAGCGGCGCCGGCACAGCCAAGAGUGAUCGAUGUGCGGAGUCUUCCCAAGGGAGGCAUGCUUCGAAGGCCGGGCGGACUGCGAGGACGAGGCACAGGUGCAGGCACAGGAGCAGGCGGGCCAAGUGCUGCUGGCGCUCCUCGAGCUGCUUCACCCACCGGAAACCGAUUCUCGGCCGCCAACAGAGGGAAGGGAGGCUCUACGCUUGGAGCAGGACGAGGAGGACGACCGGGCGGACGGCCAGGAGGCAGACCCGGUGCAGGCAAGGGCAGGGCGGCGAAGAAGACCGAGGGCGAGGGCGGCAACAAAGCGGCCGGUGCCGCUGGGCCUCGUGGCAAGAGGCAGGAUCCCUUUGAGAGAAUGGACCCCCAGGAGCAGCAGUUUGACGACGCCGUGCGGUUCGGCACGCGCUCCGAGUUCAAGCCCUCUCUGACCAAGGAGGCGCUGACGACGUUUGUGCCGGCCACUCCCGCGACGGCCGAGGGCCGCCUGGCCACCGUCAUGGAGAACCUCAGCAUCCUCGGCGGCAGGGCGGACCCGGUGGGCGUGCCGCAGAACCUGCAGGCCAAGAACUACGCCGACGAGGUGCAGGGCAACGGCGCGCGCUUCUUCGCCGACGUCAAGGCCCGCGAGGCGGCGGAGCAGUAUCUCCAGGGGCAGCGGCGGGAGAAGCUGCUGGCUGAGGGCAAAGAGGUGCCCGCUGAGCAGCAGCCCAUUAUCCAGGACGCUGAGGAGGCUGUCAAGAAGGCCAUUCUUGACCAGGCCGUGGCGGGGAAGCACGAGACGCCGCGGUUUGCGACGGAUCCCGUUGGUAUUUCGAGGGCGUGGCACUUGAGGUCUGGGACAUACACCCAGAGGGACGUGGAGAAGUUUGAGAAGAAGCUGACGACGUUGUUGGGCGUGGGGACGGCUGGUAAGGGAGGCAAGAAUGUGAAGGCUCAGGCGAAGGCUUGA